AUGUGCUCUAUUUUCAAUUUGAUGCAAAGUUGCGAGAAGCAGUUGAAUAAUGGAAGUUUAGUGGACGUAGAUGCCUUAUUCGGUUGCAGCAUCAUUAUGUUUAAUGCAGAGAAUACAGAAGAUCUUUCUGCUGACGAGACUGAAUAUGCUUGUGAUAUGCUUUUCUAUACAAUUAAUUGGUUUAGAGAGCUGUUGAACGCGUUUAUGUAUUCAGAGGAAGAAAAUUUUCGGGAGCGCUUAAUAGCUCGGUUACGUAGUAUUUUGUGCAUGGAAAACUCAUUAAAUCAGUUGAUGCGACAAUUACCUACCUACGUACCUUUAGAAUUCCAUAUAACCCUAUCUACUGCCACUGAAGAUAUUGCCGAUAUGAAUAGAGGUACACAGAUUAUCACUGCUGAAGAUGCCACCGAGGAGAGUACUGUAGAGCAACCAACGUCCAUCACAAAGAAGGUGCAGAAGAGGGACUCUAAGGCGUCACAUAACUUGAGCUUCUCUUCGAUGGAUGAUUUAAGACCGUACUUGAGACCUUUUGACCUUAAUAUUCUAGAGAUGUUCAAAUACAAUUCAGAAUUAGAGAAUGAAACCGAUAAAAUGAUGCUAGAGGAGAUUAGUUACAUUUUAGAGGAUCUCAACCGGAAGCUGGACAGUAAGAUUGUUCCAACCACUCCUACAUUCUUUGGCAAAAAGAAGGUAGCAGCCGAACAUAAAUAUACAAGCAGUAAUACAGCAAUGCUCUCAAGAAUUAGUAAUCAUCACUUAAUGGAAAAGAUCGUAUCUUAUUUACCUUUCAUUUUGCACACGUUGGAAAGAUUAUACGUACACCUCCAGCAAAAUGCUAUUGAGGCUGGACGAGUGGAGGGACAUGAAACACUAGUCAAGACAAUUUCUCAAAUUUUCAAUAUAAUCUACAAAUUAUUUCAAUGGGAAGAUUUGAAGAACCCAGAUAAUCUGAAUAUAUUGCAAAAUCUUGUCUCUGGCAUUGCGCAGAGACUGUUGAAAGAGGAGCAGCAAUCUAAUGACCCAUCAUUACUUGACACUGAAAGAGCAACUGAAUAUUUAUCCAAUUUCGUCACAGAUGUGCCGCAAGCAAAUACCGCUGUUGUACUAUUCAAAACAAUACGAUUGAUGAUGUCUUAUGAAGAUUCUGACACACCGAAAUCAAAAGAGAACGCCCUGAGAGUAGUAACUCAUAUAGUGUCAACUGAUUGGUUUGAUUGGCGAGAUAUUAAGAAGGAGAUACCCUACAUGAUUGAACAGCUUAUUCAGUUAUGUGAUGACCCUCUGUCAUUAAUGCACAAUUUUAUAGACACUAUAUUGCCUCAGUAUGAGGCAGAAGGUGCUUUAGAUGAAUUUCCAUUACUAAAAGCGGAUACGGUUUUGCAGCAUUAUCAGGCGAUUCUCAGUCAAGCUGUGAAAUCACUUGAAUUAUUGAAAGAUGCUGAGCUAACUCCUGAUGUGAUGAUAGUACAAACUGCUCGAAUUGUUAAAGUAUUCGAACGAAUUACCAAUCAUAUCAAAACAAAGGAGCAACGCCUACUGCUCGGAGUUUUGUUGAAAGCCAGUCGACUCUUUGUGGAGCAAUUCACAAAGUACUCCAUACCCUACUUUACGCGUGUUUUCAAGGCUUACAGUAACGACAUCAUAAGUAUUUUCAAAGAUUUCCAGUCGAGCACUCGUAUGUUGCAGAUUAUCUGCUCUCAUGUCAAAGUGUUGAAAGAUGUAACUUUAGCUGCAUAUGUACCGCCUUUAAAAAAGGCUUUAGAAAUUGUGAUAUACCAAGUAAAAAUGCUGCUGACCGAAAAUAAGAUACCUCCAUCUGCAUUCUUUAUGGGUGCUUUGAAACAUAGAGAUAUUCAUGGUGCGGAAGUAUCUUCCCAGAUUCCGCGUGAAAUAGAAAGCGAUGAAGAAGGGGACGAUGUAGAAUCGGAUCAAGCUGAAACAGAUACUUCGUCAACCUCGGGAAUAAUUAGAAAGGAAAAGCAACGUGUUUCCAAACAGAGUAAAGAAAGAAGACGUGAAAGACCAAUUAUACCAACAACCAAUUCAGGUCAACGAUUCAGAACGUCAGAGUUAGUACCUUCAUCUUCAGAAGAUGAAGCAUCUUCAGAAGAGGAACAAGACGUAAGCGUCGACGGUAUCGGUAGCAGAGAUCAAACUUCUCUGAUCUCUACAAAACGCGCAAUUGAUAUGGCGCAAGAUGAAGAAGAGGAGGAGGAAGAGGAGCAAAUAAUAGAGUUUGAUUUGAAUAAUGAAGAUGAGGAUAAUGAUGAAGAAAUUAUAUCUCUUUCUCCGGACUCGUCGUCAUCAUCUCGUUCCCCAGGUUCAACUCCACCAAUGCAAAGCGCGCAAAGCGUGCCUACAAAGAAGAGAAGACUAGGACUGGGCCGACCAACUUUAUCAUCAUCCAAGAAGAUUUUCAAUUUUACAAAUCGGUCCGGCAGAUAA